AUGAACUGGAAGCGCAAGAGCUCCGGAAGGUGCAGGGAGGAAGAGACGCGGGAGCGGCUGAUCCAGCAUGCGGCGUCUGAUCCGGACGGCGGCCGCCGCAGCUGCAAGGGGUGCUGCGUGCCGCGGGGCUGCGUGGCGGUGCUGGUCGGCGGCGGGGACGCGGAGCCGGAGGAGCGGGUGGUGGUCGACGUGCGCGCGCUGGGGCAGCCCUGCGUGCGGGCGCUGCUGGACAUGGCGGCGCGGGAGUUCGGGUACGACCAGAAGGGCGUGCUGCGGAUCCCCUGCGCCGCCGACGAGUUCCGCCGCGCCGUCGCCGCCGACAGCCACCGGUGCAGGCGAUAG